UCUAUCACGGCCUGUUACGCCACACGAUCUCUUGGGUUGGUGAGCAGAGUUGGACCGGUUGUUGACCAUUUAGUUGACAGUUGAUACCCUCAGAAAGCUAAACUGACGUUUGCCAUUGGACACAACUCAACAAAGUCAACAUUUCAAGCGCCAUGACAGACUCGGGUGAUAUCGCGGCCUGGGCAGCACUUGCCGCGGCACUGCUGGCCCUCGUCGUCGCCCUCGCCCAGGCGACCCAGCAGUAUGUCGCCACGGCCCAGAACAUGCGCAAGUGUGAAAAGUCAGUUUGGGGUCCAAUGCCCGGACACGCCGGACGCCGGGUGUGGGUGUGGCACCAACUCCGGUUCCGCAUCGUCUUCGACAUGCCCAACAUCUUCCUCCCGACCGAGUACUGGGAGACUCCCGGGAACGCUCGCCAGUUCCCUCCGCACCGGAUAACUACCCUCCCGGCGCCAUUCGACCGCCCGUCCCCAACCAAGGGGAACGAGAUCGACCUCGAGGGGAGCGGAGGCGCCGUCUUCCAGAACCGUUCCGAGGCAUGCUGGGUCGCGUUCGCGAGGCAGCUGAGCCGGGUGUGCCCCACGGCGGUGCGCGUCGGACUCAUGAUGGGCGACGUGGACCGGCUGCCGGCAGACCUCCCCGUGGUGCCGAUGCAGGUCAGUCUCCGGGACGUCAUUGCGUUGGGGCUGAUGACGGGAAUGUCCCUCCAGGCGGCCGGCGGGGACUUCAUCGAGAUGAGCGGGCCGUCAGGCUUCAUCAAGAGCAGCGACCACCCGCUCCUCGGCCGUCUACUUCAUUUCACCGCAUUUUCGGCUGACCUCCGAUCGACACUGCUGAAGGGAGACAUCAACAAGUCUUGGCUACGGCGGAUGGAGGGCAUCGCGUCUGUGGCCAACCAGCCCUUUGACAAAGCCAAGAGACGCUACUACGAGGUCAUCGGCAUGAGAUGGCGUACGCAUUCCACCCAGUUGCCCUACAAACCAGAGACGGACUCCGAGAACGAGGCCCCCGAGGAGGAGAAGAUAUUGCUGCCGUUCAUCGACCUUAAAGGGGUGGAACAUAAGAUACCAGCGGACAAGUGUGAGAGCUGGGAUGCCCUGUUGCAAACUUUGGAAAGUGAAAGCGUAGCGAAACCUCCCUUCAUAAUCAGAGGCGUAGACAACAAGGCCGUUGCGCCAAAGUCUUGGAGGACGCUACACAGGGUGAUUUGCAAGGGGGAUCUAAAACCCACCUUCAAGAUCACCCAGGGAGAAUACAUCUUGCCGCGGCCGGAGGCGCCUGGCGCACCCGUUACCCCUGAAACUAAGCCUUCCGAUAAUGCCCGAGAUGCUGCCACAAAAGACACCGCCAACGGGGAGACGGAUGGCGGUAAUGACAUAGAGUUGAAAGAAACCCCAACGGAAAUGCCCAAUGAGCCGGCAGGAGGUGUUGCUCAGGGAACCAAACGAAGUCGGCCUAGGAAGGCCCCCCUUGCGUUAACAUUGGUGGCACACAACAAAGAAGACCCUAUCGAGAGCGCUCCAGCUCCACCCCGACGUGGAAAUCAAGCUAGACUUUUUUCUUUUCUUUCAGCCGGACCUGGACCUCGACCCCAACCCCGGGCAGCUUCCGUAACCUCCAUGUCCUAUUACUCCGGCGACUCCUCUGACGACGAGGACGACGACUACCUCCACGGACCCACACGCUACGCACGCCGCGUCGCCUACGACUCAGAAGAGUACUGGCGCGGGCGCAUGAGCCAAGCCUACGUCUCCUCCAGCACGCGCUACUGCACCCCGAGCCCCCCAGUCCUCCCCUUCUUCUGGGCCUCCCAAAUCGACAUCGAGCUCGGCUACUGGGCCACCCCCUGGGCGCGGGGACUGUACACCUCCUGCCUGAACGCCCUCCCCAUGAUGGUCGACGUCGCCCUGAUCGGCCUGUCCUACACCCUCGCAUCCGCCAACAUCACUUCAGCCACCACCACCACCACCACCAACAACACUACCACCACCACCCCCAAGGCGAAAGCAAAACAACCCCGCUCCACCAUCCUCAAAAACGAAGUCAUCUACACGUCCUUCCCCGACCAAGGCGUCUUCCGCCUCGACGACCUCUGGCAACGCCUACGCGCAGGCGAGCACACCUGGCCGCCGUACGCCAUCAACGCGCGCGGCGGCGUGACCGGGCUCGAGCCCACCACACUAACCAAAUUCGCAGCCUUUGGCGAGAAUGCCCCCCUCCCGCCGCUGGCGCUGCUGCAGUCGGUGCACGACGCGGCGCACAGCCCCGACAAGGGGGGUGUAUCAAAACCGCUGCUCGCGCGGGACCGGCUGGUGGAGCUGGCGUCGCUGGACCUGUGGCUGUCGUGCGCGGCGGACACGCCGGCGCUGGCGGAGGGGGAGGGGAACUUGGUGAGCAACGCGCCGGCGGUGGUGGAGGAGCUGUGGCUGGACCUUGGGAGCGAUAUCAUGCGCACGCGGGAGGAGCGGUGGAGUCGGGACGGGGGCGAUUAUGCGGUGCGGCAGCUGGCGAAAAGGAUGACGGCAUGGAUUGAGAGGGUGGUGCGCUCGCCGGCGGAGCGGUAUUUUGUGUGGGUGGCGUUUCUGCGUGCGGUGAAGGUGAUGGAGUGCGUGCAGGAUGGGCCGAGUACGUAUGAGGCGUUGGGGAUGUUUAAGAAUGAUAUAUUGGUCUACCUUGUGUAGGUGGUAGAUAGGCUCAGCAAAGUUUAAGAAUUAGAGGGCAUGUCAAUUACAAAAGCAGUAUUAUGGACGGCGGAUG